GACAGACGAUGGUUACUCUUGGUCCGUGGUGUACGCAUCGUGGCUUGUACUCCGUGUUUGUUCGUCGCUCGCAGGUCGGCUGAUCCCCCCAAUUAUAGACAUAUUUGGGAGUUUUUGAAUCAUCAUCACCGCCUGAUAUUUAGGUGCCGAUAGUUUGGCCUAUGUGAAAGUGUUAUUAGUUUGCUGAAUUAUAAGAUUCUUGUUAGAUUCAGACGAAGAGUAGAAAGCUGGUGGUCAGUGGAGAAAAAAAAUUGAAAACUAGUUUCUCCAGUUCCGGAUUCCACAGUCGAGGGAUUCCGAUCGAUUGGGUCUGGCCCGAAAACAGGCCAAUAACAUACAACACGACAAAUUGUGCGAGUGAAAGGUAUUUCGGGUGCUGGUAAAGUGAAACACUACUUGUGUGGUGCCUGCGUUGAAAUUGAACCGACGAACGAACGGAGCAAAAAAAAAAAAGUGGAAAUCGGGUGUGGGUAUCAAGUGAGUAAUAUAAAGUGGUGGCCCGCAGUUUUACCUGAUUUGGUCACGAAAACAAGAGGAAGAGAAAAGCAUCCAAAACGUUGAUAGAAAGGAAUAUAACAGCUAACCCGUAAACCUGCAAAAUGGCCGGGGUGUUCGAUUUGGAGCUGCAUGAGGAGGACAACAUCCGUGAUUCCGACGAUGACGUGAUCGAGGUCGAUGAUGUCGAUCUAGAACCGGAACUCCACCUGCACAGUAAUCUCGAUCCAGAAUGUUCGGAAACGAUCCCGCUGUCGGAGGAGAUCGUCAACCCGCGGAUCAAGCUGGGUCCGCAGGAUUUCGAACUGAAAAAGGUGCUCGGCAAGGGCGGCUACGGCAAGGUCUUCCAAGUCAGAAAAACAACCGGUGCAGACUCCAACUCCUACUUUGCCAUGAAGGUGCUCAAAAAAGCUUCUAUAGUUAGGAACCAAAAGGAUACAGCCCACACACGUGCAGAACGCAAUAUACUGGAAGCCGUAAGGCAUCCAUUUAUAGUUGAAUUAGUGUACGCCUUCCAGACGGGUGGUAAAUUGUAUUUAAUCCUAGAGUAUUUGAAUGGUGGCGAAUUGUUUAUGCAUUUAGAGCGAGAAGGAAUAUUUCUCGAGGAUACCACAUGUUUUUAUCUGUGUGAAAUUAUACUGGCCUUGGAGCAUCUUCACAAUCUCGGCAUUAUCUAUCGGGAUCUGAAGCCGGAGAAUGUGCUGCUGGAUGCCGAGGGUCACGUCAAGCUGACCGACUUCGGUCUCUGCAAGGAACACAUUCAGGAGGGUAUCGUGACGCACACCUUCUGCGGCACUAUCGAAUACAUGGCUCCAGAAAUUCUCACACGCAGUGGCCAUGGUAAAGCUGUUGAUUGGUGGUCAUUAGGUGCCCUGAUGUUCGACAUGUUGACCGGAAUGCCUCCUUUCACGGCAGAUAACCGUAAAAACACGAUCGACGCCAUUCUGAAGGGUAAGCUCAACAUCCCAGCCUACCUGGCAACCGACUCCAGAGACCUCAUUCGCCGGCUCAUGAAGCGUCAGGUUACGCAAAGACUCGGCAGUGGUCCUACAGAUGGUCAGGCAGUACGUGCACAUCCCUUCUUCAAGAAUGUCAACUGGGACGAUGUGCUUGCAAGAAGAUUGGAGCCACCGAUAAAGCCGGCUGUGAAUAGUGAAGAUGACGUAUCACAGUUCGACACCAAAUUCACCAAACAGAUCCCAGUCGAUUCGCCAGACGACACAACACUGAGUGAAAGUGCCAAUCUGAUAUUCCAAGGAUUCACCUAUGUGGCCCCCUCGAUAUUCGAGGAAAUGCAGAAACCGCGGGUAGUGACUGCUCGAUCGCCGCGCCGAAUGCCUCGCCACCAUCAUCACCACAACAGCCAUCACGGGGUACAUAGCCACGGCCCAAACAACCGGCUCGUGGGAUCGCUCGGCGGCAGCAGUCUGGAGAACGGUGCAAUGACCCUGGGGGACGAACAGAUGCUCAGUAUGCCACGCGGUACCGGUCCAGCGUUGCCGGGGCACGGUAGCAGCCAUCACCAUCCACACCACCACCAGCAGCAGCAUCCGCAACUCGUGCCACACUGUAUGAUGUUCCAGACGCAGUCAACUGUGACGACCACAGCGCAGCAACCGCAACCCCAACAGCCAGCCCAACACCAUCCGGUUACCGCGGUACCAACGGCCGUGAGAAGCGGGGCACCCUUCGGCAGCGCUCCCAUCAACAGCAAUCCUCCUACCAAUGCUCGACACACCGCGCCGCAUCUGCAAACCUUCGCGUCGAGACCCUCGCCUCAGGACGAAAUGAUGGAGGUGUAUCCGGAGCUACCAAUAUCGUAGCCUGAAAUAGGAUACAACAAUUUUAGAACAUUUAUAUUAUAAUAGAAAACCCCAGAUAGUGUAAAUUCCCUUGCAAAAACAAAGCAACUGGAACAAACAACAAAGAUGCAGCGCAACGUGAGAAUUAAACAAUCACUAAGGAAGAAAGUUUUUGUUUCAAAGGACGGUCGGAAGCAUCAAUUUUGAGUCCGUCGCCCACGGAAUAACAGACAUAGACGCAGAGGAGAUAAUGGAAAGGACAACUUAGUUGACGAGUCAGAAACACUUACACAGAACAGAAGAAACACGCCUCACAUGCAUAUUUAUAUAUCAAAAAAGGAAACUUAUUAAUUAACGGAAGAAUUAUGAACGAAUCCAGAUUACGUUAAGAGAAGGGAGGGCUCCCGUAUAGGCAAAAUAUAUAUAUUUUAAGCGAUUGACCAUUAUUGAAGGACACAUGCAAGAUACACCAAUAACUAAUGAACUGAGCCGUGUUGGGGUUGAACCCACGGUUGUUUGCACUGUUUACUUGAGAAAGCAAAGUUUAGAACAGAAGAGAAGAAAAAUGGAAGUAGUCAGAAGAGCGAAAAAGCGCGCAAGCUAAAGUAAAGAAACUAAUUAUUAUUAACUAUGUUAUACUAAAUUGGUACCGUGAAGAAGAGAUAUGAAUGUGUAGUAGUUAUUCGAAGGUUAAGAUAAGAAUGUGUGAAUAAAGAAUACUGUUAAAAUUUUCCUUUUUCCAGCAGGAAGGGCUAAGCUGAACUUUACAACUCUAUAUACUGUAUUACGCAUUGACAAUUUCUGCUCGAUAAACAAAACUGAAACGUUUUCCACUUUACUUUUCGCAAGUCGUUCAAUAAGCAAAUCUUAACGAGUAAGGAUGAAAUUUGAAAGCUAAAGCAAUUUUUUGGAAACGGGGUUUACAGCAUAAAACCAAUCGGGAACUAGAACGCUCUGGGAAAAAAAUUGAAGCAAAAACAAGACACUAUCACUGAACAUUCUCUGUUAAUUCUUAUUGAGUUUUGGCUUUUUUUCCCUCUAAAGACAGAUGAUGUUGCAACUUUAAAAAAUUAAUUAUAUGCAAUAAUAAAAUUAAAAAAAUUAAGUUCCUCAAGAUAGAAAGAAAGCACUUCGAUAAAGAAUGGAAGAUAUAUGUUGUGUAGAAUGGUACAGUAGAAAUAGCCGGGAAUCACCUAUUAAAAUGGCACCAUCGAGAUUUUUUUGUUUUAUUUUGGUUCGGCAUCAGACAGAAACCGUUAGAAGAGAUUGAUAGAGAGGUGUGUGCACAGAAAAACAUUUAUUUUGUAUCAUUUUUUCUUCUUUAUUAUUUUUGAAUUUCAUAUGGUAAAAGCAAUGACGCCAACGUAGUGUGACGAUUUUGUUAUUCGGAAAUAAAUAGACACAACCCCGGAACAGGCCGCAUGGCCACGUAGUAUAGCUAGGAAACAUAAACGAGUGUAACCUUCUUUAGCCAAAUAUCCCUCCAAAAAUGAACUUAUAGUUAUUUUUAUCAGAUUGAAGCAGGAAGGUAUUUCAGUCUAGAUGCAAAUAAAAGAAAAAAGAAUAAUGUAAAAAUGAUUCUCAUAGUUUCAUUUUCUAGUACAUUCAAUAAAACACAAGUAAACAAACACAUUUAUAUAAGAAAGUAUAUAAACAAAUGAAAGCUAACUUAAUUGUUAAUAACAAUUUUUUUUUUUACCAAUAGAACAAUGAAACAAAGUCUUAAUUUUAAAAGCAGAUUAAGUUCUCUCAACUAAGACAAACAAGAUAGUAAUAUACAAGUUGCAAAGUACAUCAUACAAGUGGAAACAAACUGCAAUAGUCUGGAUUCAAAAGAAACCAUAAAAACUUAUUCGACUGAUUUUAGCGUAACACACACACUUUUUAGAUUGUAAGAGAUUAUUAUUAAAAUAAACAGGAUGAUUAUGAAAAAAACAACAAGUCCAGGAAAACAGCUAUAUAGAUAUUUUUUAUACCAACAAUAGACCAGGAAUUCAAACACAACCAUAAACUGAUACCAAUCUGCUGACAUGUUUCAGUUUUUUAAAAGCUCCUACAUGUAGUAAGUAUACUUACCGAUGCUCAACUGAUUAUGAUCAACUUUUUUUUUCAAACACAUACCUUAUACCUACUGAUUAAUUUGUGCUAAAAUCGUAUUGUUUCGAUUGUUUUAAAACUACAUGAGCGCAAUGGUAAGCAUAACAUCAAUAUACAUGUAUACCUUUUUUGACAAACAAUGUGAAACACAAAUUAUUGAGUUUUCAAUCAAUUCAUAAACUAUUUAGGGCUCAUUUUUUCUGACAAAAAUAGAAAACAAACUACUAAGUUUUGUGUUCAUAAAAAUUAACACCUAAGGAAAAGAUAAAAUUUCAAUCCAUCAAAUCCCAAUCAUUAUUUCGGAUUGAUUUAUUUUAACAAAAAAAAAAGUUUUCUAAAAACUCCAAUCUUUUUCUUUACAUUUUUCCUACUUACUUUUAAAAACAAAUAAAAAAAAGAAACAAAGAAAAAACUACAAUCGAAAAUGACAUCAGGAUUGCGUGAAAGUGUGGCGAAAACUUAUUACACCUACUAGAAAAGGUACACGUUAGAAGGCAAGAAGCAUAUAUUAGCAUAGCUACUCUAAUAGAGAACCAAUAAGCCAGAGGAGUUACACCGGAUGCGAUGCCGCCGUCAAAUAAGAAGUUACAUUUAAGGAAUAAGGAAAAAUUAGUUCCUCAACCACCCGCGAAACGUCAACUGGAAACUGUGGCGAUCCUGCGCGUAGAAAGGCAAAUAUGUGCGCACGUUGGAUAAGAAGAUCUACGAAUUGAUUAUGAAAACUCGAGAUCAUGAUACACACAACAAUGGUAAAAAUGAAAGCGCUUGAUGAUUUGAAACAUA